UUCUCUUUCUUUUUCAGUCCCCUCCUCGGAAGUAUAGACGCGUUUGUCUAUAUUCCGUCCGUUUUCUUUUUUAUAAUAUAUGCAUUAACCCCCGUUCAUUUCUUUAUACACAAUGGAGGCGAAGGCGGAAUUGUAGAGAUGCCUCGAUUCGACUUGUUCUUUUAUUUAAUCACAGUUUAAUGGACCGGAUGAUCUCCAAGUCGGACUGCGUUGCCCACAGCCUUGCAGGGGAGGUUGCCGUAUCCAGCGGGGAGGUAGGCUUUUCCUGGGUUCGUGAUGAAGUUUGCCGAACCCACGGAAGGCCAGAAGCUGUCUUUUCUCCUGGAAAAGGCUGCUUCUAGGGAAGCCGAGCUGUGGAGGAGCUAUGUGCCUAAGAAACCAGCCAGUCAGGAUACAGAUAUCUCCCCUGCCCAGCGUGACGAGGCCGUGCGGUGGCUCACUGACGUGCACCGGUGCUUGAAGCUUUAUCCAGAAACCCUCUGUUUGGCCAUCUCCGUACUCGACCGCUUUCUCUCCACCAUUAAGGCUCGUCCCAAGUACCUGCGCUGCAUUGCUAUCACCUGUUUUUUCUUGGCAGCUAAGACAAGUGAAGAGGAUGAGCGUAUCCCUGCUCUUAGAGAGCUGAUCAGCAGCAGUGCUUGUGGAUGUACUCCUUCAGAAGUGUUGAGGAUGGAGAGGAUCGUUCUGGAUAAACUCAGCUGGAACCUGCAUGCAGCCACUCCCCUUGAUUUCCUGCACAUUUUCCAUGCAAUGGUGUUCAGCUGCAAGGCUGUGAGUUCAGGCAUAUUAUUGGGUCUGAACAGAUCACAGCACCUUGCCCUGCUCACUCAGGAGCUGCUGCACUGCCUUUCCCAUAAUUCACUGCUGCAGGAGCGUGGCUCCAUGCUGGCCCUUGCUCUCGUCACACUGCAGCUGGAAACGCUCUGUCCUGAUUGGCUCGCUCUUGCUGCCGACCUGCUGCGCAAAGUUCAGAUUGACAGCUCCAAGCUGAUCGGCUGCCGCGAGCUAGUGGCACGUUGUCUCUCCACACACACGGCAUCCCUGCCUCCCAACACUGUAUACGUCUGCCACCCACUGCAAACCCCUCACGACCCUGGCGUGACCUUUCACCCUGUCCUGCCCACUCUGCCACUGCGCAGGAAGCCCUCGGCCAAGCGCAAGGUGGAGCAGAUGGAUGUGGACGAAUACUUCGAUGGCAUCAAGCGUCUCUACAAUGAGGAGGAGCUAGGAGGAGGGGGUGGGGCUAAUUCAGGGUACCAAUCCAUAGAGUGCGGUUCCACGCCAUGCCCUGCCCUUCAGCCUGUCACCGUCUCCUAGCAACACGCUUAGGGUUGAAGUGGGGCCAGAUCGCAGUUAUGACAGCGUCCCUCCAUCCUUUAGAGCAGAACAGAGCUAAAACACACACACACACACACACGAAAUAUGCUGCAGUUAUUUCAUAACCAUCUAUCUGUCAAAUCUAAUCACAAGAUCAUAUUUAAAAUGUGAAAGAGGAAAAUAUUCACAAAAAUGUCGGGGGUACUUCUCCCCAACCCACUCCUACUGAAAUGUCUGUCUCUGUACAUCACUGUCAUAUGUCUCUCAUAUAUCUGUGAAAAUUUCAAAUCUAACUUUGUAUUUAUAUAUUUGUUUUCCUCUGAUGACUGUGUUCGAGUGCUGUGAUCAUCUCAUGCGCUUUUCUUCUUCUUUUUUUUUUUUUUUUUUUUAUGAAAGUGCAUGAAACUCCCGAAUGUUAAAUUUGCUAAACUUGAUGUUAAUUUAAAAAUUUAUAUAACUACACAUCCUCUCUCUCUCUCUCUCUCUCUCUGUCUCCAUCUCUCUUAUUCUAUUCUACUCUAUCUGGGCUGUUUAGCCUUUUCUUUUCUCCACGUCUUGGCUGUUUAGGUGUGUGUGGUUGAGCAGUGAUAAUAUCCCUAUCACUUUUGUUAAAAGAGCAUUAACGAAGAAUCCAUGUGAACACACCAUCCAAAUCACACAGGGCACAAGACACCGUUUUAGUGUUUGUUUGAAAGAUAAUGUAUCUGUAGGAUCACUUUAACAAAAAAGGUUGAAAAAAAAAAACAAAACCUGUUGAAAUGGCACAAAAAAAAAAAGCUUUAGAUUAUUAUUACCAUUCCUUUUUUUCUCUCUGCUGAUCGUUCUUCUCCGGCUCUGUUCUUCUCCGGUGGGAGGAGGGACGCCCGCACUGCAGGAACAUCACCGUAAAAGUUCAAAUAAAUCGAAACCAUCUACUACA